AUGGCGUCCAAYGUAGCAUCCAAAAGACGAUCGUUUCAGCAAAAAAUAGCUAACAAAGUUAUCCAAACCUCGCCAAUGUGCAGAUUGCCCGACAACAUAAUGCUACUGAUAUUCAGCUUUCUAGAUGUGAAGAGUUUGUGUGCUGGUUCAAAAGUUUGCCGUCGUUGGUAUCACAUUGGAAAAGACCGUUCCCUUUGGAAGACUGUUGAUCUUCGUCCCUGGCCUCUGACACUCAGAACACUGUGGAAAGUGGUCCGAAAUCGAUUUUCUGAGAGCGUGGUAGAGCUACAGAUUAAGGGAUUUAUCGGCACAACGAAAAAGAAUGAAAAUAUAUCGCUGUCACUGCUGGAAGAAAUCAAAACAAAAUGCCCAAACCUUGAAAGUCUAACAUUAUGCUAUUGUGAUAUGCGAAACGUCGAAGUACGAUGCCUUCCUCGUGCUUUGAAGUUGUUAUCUUUAGAUCAUUCUAUUAUUCCUCUGGGUUGGUUUGACACACUAAGCAAGGACUCUAUUUUGGAAAAUUGCGAGAAACUUAACCUUACAUAUUGUACACGUCUGUCAGAUAUGGAUUUGCAAAGUAUUAUCAAACUGUCAACACUUAAGGAACUAAACGUCAGUAAYUGUUACCGUCUUACUGAUAAUGCCAUACAGUUAAUUGCUACCCGGCUUAGUAAUCUGAUCAAACUAGAUAUUUCAAAUUGUACUUGUGUAACAGAUGUUGGACUACACCAUAUAGGGAGGCACCUAUCUGGCUUGCAAUCCUUGAGUCUGCUUAACUGUAGGGCUAUAACAGACACUGGAAUUGGYGCCCURGUGCAUAAUAUGAAACAAUUGCAGUAUUUGAAUUUAKCAAAAUGUCCUGAGAUCUCAGAUAGUGGACUUGCAGUCAUUUCUGAGAACUGCAAGAGAUUGACAUGUCUGGAUGUUGUGGAUUGUACAAGGGUUACUGCUAUUGGUGCUGAUGGUGUACGGACUUUGCUUCCUAAUUGCAUAGUUUUAGGGCCUAAUCGCUAAUGGCUGGGCCAUUUUCUCUGCUUUUUAUUAAUUGGUCAACAAAAUGUUACAAGGGGAGGUGUCUAAACUCAAAAAAAAGAAUUUAAUGCAUAGAUUUAGGGUUGCAUAAACUGAAAUCUCGUUCAGAUAAAUGCUUGCUUUAGUUUUUUUUUAAGAAUGAGUCCCAUUUAGAAAUAUUUCUUCUUUUAUUUACAUCUGUCAUGAAUUCUAUAUGUAUUUGUAUAUUUUUUGAGCCCUAAAAAGGGGGUUUGCCUAGCCAACCUUAUCAACCUCUGCAUCAACGCUUGAAAUUAUUUCUCAAAACAGAAGAGGAAAUAAGCAUACUAAAAAGUCUUGCAAAAUUAUUUGCCCUUAUUGCACAUUUGAAAAACAAUAAUCUUAAACUUGAUUCAUGCUGCAAAAACGUAUUCAAUUAUUUGGCAUUUGAUAUGAUUAUGUCUAAUAUUCAAAUAAAGGCCUUUUAUACAUGAAACGAUUGCACAAAUCCACAAUGCUGGAUGGCAAAAUAUCUAAUGGUAUGUUGUUCAAAACAAAGAAAAGUCAAGCUGAUUGGCUGCAUCCCUUUUGUUUUUGAGGUUAUUUACAUUCUUUUGCAAUCCAGUAUGGCAGAUUUAGUACCAUGUGACCGUUUCAUGCAAAAGUCCUAUUAGCUUCAAAUGCACAUUGAUAAAGAAAUGCAUUUUAUGAUUAUAUAUUAUGAURUCUUACUUGCAUGUAAGCUAAUAAUGUAUUAAUAUUUGAUCAUCGGCGAUCAAAGUCACAGUAGGCUAUUAUUAUAUUGAUAAUAAACGGUUACAUGUCUGUAA